UAUGUAGAUACACUUUAACAUAGUACUUUAAAAAAUUAAAACUUCAAAUGUCUAUAAAUAGCUUGUUUUUUUCAAGGCUUAACCUAUUUAAAAAGUGUCAUGCCUGAAGAAGCUACAGAUUUGGUCGAGUAUUUUGAGCGCACAUAUAUAGGGGCGUAUAGAAGAGUUGGGAACGGGCAAUCGGAGACACGAAUAAAAUUGCGAAAAACAUCUCCUAAUUUUCCACCAUCUGUCUGGAAUGUAAGAGACGCAACAUUAAACAACGGAGAUCGGACUAACAAUAUAUGUGAGGGAUGGAAUAAUCGGUUUUCAAACUUAGUGAAUCACAAGCAUCCGACAAUUUGGACAUUGAUUACAAAGAUGAGGCAUAAAAAUGCAGCAGACGAAACUAAAGUCGCACAGCGUCAACUGGGUACCAUUGGACCAACGAAA